AUGGAGGCAUCACUUGAAAUGCAAAUGUUAGACAAUUUCUCUGAGCUAACAGAACAGUUACCUGAAAAUACAAUAGAACAAUUACUUGGAGUAGCACAUACUCAUCCCGGCCAUACUAGAAUCGCUAAACGCUUUUUAUGUCCCAACUGGGAUGCAAUUGAUGCGGCAAAAAUUCAACAAGCUGAAACUGAUAUGGAAUUUUUGGUUCCAAGUCAAAAAAAAGCUGGCAUUUUUUAUACUGUUAAUAUUGAAAUUAAUACAUAUACUUGUUUAAUCGGGUCUUCUGGAGCACCAUGCAAGUAUCAGGAUGCUGUAGCUGCAAAAUAUAAUAUUGGAUUAUUGAAUUUUUUUCAAUCAUUAACACCUAAUGAUUAUGCGCAUUUUGC